GGUUCCGUUGGGCUCAGUUCUCUCCUUAGCUACGUGUCUCUACGCUCUCAAACCGCCAUCCCACAAACAUGGAUCAGGUAAUGCAGUUUGUAGAGCCAAGUCGGCAGUUUGUAAAGGACUCAAUUCGCCUGGUUAAAAGAUGCAUCAAACCCGACAGAAAAGAAUUCCAGAAGAUUGCCAUGGCCACAGCGAUAGGAUUUGCUAUCAUGGGAUUCAUUGGCUUCUUCGUGAAACUGAUCCAUAUCCCUAUUAAAUAA